GAAAGAAAUACAUACACAUUUUUUGUGUGUGUCCUCUAUAUCCAAUAAAUUGUGCUGUGUGCUGGUUAAUUAAAAAUGGAUAGGUACCAUAUAGUUAAUGAAGUCGGUAAUGGUACUUUUGGAAGUGUGUGGCGAGCACUAAAUCUUCAGACUGGUGAAAUGGUAGCAAUCAAAAAGAUGAAGAAAGAGUGUUAUAUAUUCAUGGGAAGAAUGUAUAAAUUUAAGAGAAGUUAAGUCUUUGAGGAAAAUGAACCACCCGAAUAUAGUGAAGCUAAAGGAAGUGAUCAGGGAAAAUGACAACUUGUUCUUUGUGUUUAAAUACAUGGAGCGCAAUCUAUAUGAGCUAACAAAAGAGAGAGGAAAGCUUUUUUCAGAAACAGAAGUCAGAAACUGGUGCUUCCAAGUAUUUCAAGGUCUUGCAUACAUGCAUCAGCGGGGAUAUUUUCAUCGUGACCUCAAGCCAGAGAACUUGUUGGUUUCAAAGGAUAUCAUUAAAAUAGCUGAUUUCGGUCUUGCUCGUGAGAUCAAUUCUGAACCACCAUAUACUGAAUAUGUUUCCACACGCUGGUAUCGGGCUCCCGAACUUCUUCUCCAGUCUCCAAGUUGUGGAUCUGCUGUUGAUAUGUGGGCAAUAAUGGCUGAAAUGUUUACUCUUCGCCCUCUAUUUCCUGGCAUGAAUGAAGCAGACGAAGUCUACAAAAUAUGCAGUGUAAUAGGAACCCCAACAAAGAUGGAAUGGGAAGAUGGUCUCAAACUUGCAAAUGGCAUGGGCUAUGACUUCCCAAAGAUUGUAGGUGUACAUCUUUGUGUGCUAGCUAAUACCUUCUGCUGGUGAAGAAGCGAUUAAUCUUAUUGGAUCACUUUGUUCAUGGGAUCCCUGCAAGAGGCCUUCAGCUUUAGAAGUACUCCAGCAUCCUUUCUUUCAGAGUUGCUUCUAUAUUCCACCAUCUCUACGCUCUAAACA